CCCCUAAAAAUCAUUGGAUUCCGGUGUUCCAAUCACCUCCAUGGCCACAGGUGUACAAAAUCAAGCACCUAGGCAUGCAGACUGCUCCUACAAACAUUUGUAAAAGAAUGAGUCGCUCUCAGGAGCUCAGUGAAUUCAAGAGUGAUACCGUGAUAGGUUGCCACCUGUGUAAGAAGUCCACCCGUGACAUUUCCUUGCUACUAAAUAUUCCACGGUCAACUGUUGGUGUUAUAAUAAAGUGGAAGCAACAGCAAAUCAGC